GGCGCGAAUCUCGAAAGGUCGGUAGGGGUGUGCGUGGGAUCGACGCCAGCAGCUGAGCACAUCCAUACAUACCAUACACUUUUGUGGCUUACGGGUCUCUCAUGGUUACUUCAACUAUUAAUGGACGUGUGCCGCCUAAGGCUCUCUCAACGUUGUCCGAUGGGAAGCGGCCAAUCCUCUUUCGGGUACUACUUGAGGUAGCAUUGCAUUGCUGCGAGUUCUCGUAUUUUUUUUCUUCCCUUGCAGGGGCCCUGCAGCUGCCGGUCUUGGGCGGCUCACUAUCCUGUCUUACGGAACACAUAUCGCGAUACUCAUUUCCAUGCCAGGGACCCGAGCCAUGGCAGGUGUCAUGGCAAAGGGGCUACGGUGUAGGCCUGAAAGGAGGUGGCUCUUAUCACUUUUGCUAUAUGGAGCUCAAGUUCAACCAUUCUUCUUUCUUUCUUUUCUUCUUUCCUUCCUGUCUUUUCCCCGUUCAAACGUCUGUCUAUAGAGACCGUUGGUAGUGUAUUACUUUGGGCAACUUAUUUAUUAAUAUUUAAUAUCUGAUUCCGGACGGCUCUGUCUGGUACGAUGCGUUGGCGCCGUUCGUCAUGGGGGGUUAUACUGUCGUUGAGCACCCUCGCGAUGGCGGACCCGACUUGGCCAUCCCCGAAUGACGAACUCGAGGAGAUUAUGUACCAAGUCGAAGGAUAUAGGGCUAGGCAAUUUGGUGGAACUGUUAUUCCAUGUUCCAGCGAAGCAUCCGGCCCCGGUCGACACAACGCUGCAGAAUGGCUACGCGCAGCCUUUCACGACAUGGCAACAACCACGAAUUUGGGUGGUGUACGACGUGGUGGAUUAGACGCCUCAUUGCAGUAUGAGUUGACCAGUUCGGAUAAUCUUGGCCCAGCCUUCAACACGACCCUCAAGUUCAUGGCCGAAUACUACACGAGUCGGUCGAGCAUGGCGGAUCUACUUGCCCUGGGCGUAUACUACGCUGUCAGGUCUUGCGGUGGCCCCGUGGUACCUAUCACGGGCGGGAGAGUCGACGCUGUGGCAGCCGGCCCAAUAGGAGUCCCGCUACCACAAAACACUGCCUUUACCUUCGAGCAGCAGUUCACGCGAAUGGGAUUCAGCAGGACGGAGAUGAUUCAAGUCACCGCCUGCGGCCAUUCUAUUGGUGGCGUUCAUGAGAACGAAUUCCCCGAGAUUGUCCCCGUUGGGUCGACGGCGAACGGCGAAGCGCCUCUGGACUCGACAGUUGCGAUCUUCGACAACAAGGUCGUUACGGAAUAUAUCGCCGGAAACACAACCAAUCCCUUGGUGGUUGGGCCCUCGGUCAGGGCCACGAGGAACGCCGAUUUCAAAGUCUUUAACUACGAUGCCAACGUGACGGUUAGGGCGAUGGCCGAUGCGACCGAGUUCAAUAACGUGUGCGCAGUCGUUCUCAAAAAGAUGAUCGAUACGGUGCCUGCUGGCGUAAUCCUAUCGGACCCUAUAGAGCCUUAUUUUGUCAAGCCCGUUAAUAUGCAGUUGACGUUGAACUCUGGAGCCGCGACGAUGCAGUUGACUGGGUUGAUACGCGUACGAACUACUAACCUGGGUGGGGAUUCGGUCUCUGGCCUCACACUGGAAUACAAGGAUCGAAGUGGAGGCAACAAUUGCGGUAGCACGAACUGCAAGUAUUCGGCCUCUCUCCUGGGUGCCACGCAGGGUUUCGACGACCAGUUUGUCUGGUUCCCUAUUGACGCUGUUAUCUCAACGUCGACGGGUAUUUCAUCUUUUGCAGUGACUCUGCAUAUGGCGAGCGGGGCGGACCAGACGUUCGAUAAUAAUGGCAAUUCCUAUCCUAUACAGGACGCCAUCUUGAUCCAGAAACCGCAGAGUUGCCUUUUCUCAGGCACAUCGACCGUAACGGCAGCUGUACGCAACGACCGCAAAUCACUACCUGUGAGCAUGUUCAUCUCGUAUAAAACACCAACCGGAAACCCAAACCUCCCAGUGCCCAGGCUCAAUAACGAUACCGUUCUCAUGACCGAGGGAACCUGCGUGGGCUCGUACACCUUCUACACGGCGACUUACGCUGGCCUGGGCGAGCUUGCGUACGCGUCCAGGAUCGGGGUGACUAGCGGGAGCGGUUCUUCAGCCUUGAGCGACGACUUCAAUGCUGCGAGCGAAUUAGCAGGGACCUGCCGGAGUUUUCAAGAUCCCCCGUCGUCCCUGUGCACGACGGGGCAAGCAUCGACGCCCCCUGGGUCGUCGACUACUUCGUCAGUGGGCGUCACGUCGUCUUCAACUCUUUCCGUCGACACGACCUCAUCCGCCACUAUAAGUAGCACAAGCACCUCACCCACCGGGCCAACCGAGACGUUAUAUCACAGAGAGACUCUUGGUGGCUACACGCUCUUGGGGUGCAGAACGGAAUCCACCGUGCAAGGGGUUCGAGCUCUCGGGGGUGCCGCAUUCGCAUACGACUCCAUGACGCUGGAGGCCUGUAUGAAUAACUGCACCGGGUACAUAUACUGGGGCACAGAGUACGGCCGAGAAUGCUAUUGCGGAGAUUCGCUCCACCAGACAAGCGAAGACGCGCCCCUGGCCGACUGCAACAUGGUCUGCGGGGGAGAUGCGACACAGUACUGCGGAGCAGGUGACAGACUAGAGCUGUACAGCACCACGGCAAGCCAACCGGCGCCGACCGCCACGCUGGCCCCUAAGCCGACCAUUCCGCCGUACGUCCGAGUGGGUUGCUAUACCGAAAUACCGGGCGGCCGCGCAUUGACAGGGUCGUCCUACGCUGAUGAUGCCAUGACGCUGGAAAAAUGCGCGGCUCACUGCGCCGGCUUCACGUACUGGGCGGCAGAGUACGGCCGCGAGUGCUACUGCGGCGAUACGUUAGACCCCCUCAGCGAGCCGGCGCCGGAAGCGGAUUGCCAGACGAUGGUGUGCGCGGGAGAUCGGUAUGAAUACUGCGGCGCCGGGCAUAGGCUGGAGCUGUACCGACUAGCGACGGCGACGUCGAUUCCGAGAGUGUAGCGUUAGCCACCGCCCUGUUGUCGCGGCGUCAUCUCGUAGCUAAAGGAGGCGCACAGGAGGGAAUCUGGUCAUCAUGCCUACCCAACAACUUCUUCUUGACUUAGUCAUGCGCACGUGCCUACCUAACUUCUGCUUGACUGUCUAGCAGGUACCCAAGGUAUACACAUCUGCCUACCAGCAGUGCUGUAGGUGUACCGUGUAUGCGCUGCGGUGUAUGUGUGCAUGUAUCAGGUGGUGGAUGGAUGAUGUGCCCGCCUAGGUAGGUAGGCAACUUGCUAGGAAUUGCACUUUAUGGAUAUACCUAGGUAUAUAAGGGAGUUGUUGUGUUAGAGGGGUUAUUUGUAGUCUGCGUUGAAUAUGUUAGGUACCUUGGGUACCUGAGGUAUUUCUAGCAACCUAUCUACCUGUGCCUACCUCCUAGGUAGCAUCGCAGCACCUGGCACCAGCUGGUAGCAAGUAGGGGGAAUUAACGGGUACCUUAGGUAGGUCGUCAGGUACGGCAACCUCCACAGACAGACGUGGGCGUACACAGGUACCUACGAAGUACCCCCUACGCGCGUGAGCCGCGUAAAUUGUGUGCGUGGAAAC